AUGCAAAAAAUAGAUAUAUACUCUUUGGGUACUAGUUUCACAAUGGUCUAUAUUAUCUUUACUCUUUGUCAUCUAAGUUGUCAAUGCAUUGCGAUGCAAUGUUAUCCAAAAAAAGCAUAUUUAUAUUUUAUUUUACAAUUACCGUUCAUUUAUGUUGAAGUAUUAAGCUCGAUUACUGUUUUGGAUAAAGGUGUUACCCCGCUAGAGAAACACUCAGUUGGAAUUCAAUUUUUCGUUGAUGCCGAAAAUAAAGAUAGAAUAAGCAAUUGUAGAAUAUCUACCUCUGCUAAAAACUGUUGCUUGAAUGAUAGUGAAGAAGAUUGUAAUAUUAUGCAAGUCUAUGGGGCAGAUUAUAGCUUAAAGCCAAAAGACAGAGAAACAUUUGUAUUUAUUUAUCCAACCCUGUAUCAACAUGAUCAAGUUGGUUAUUGUGAUUUUAUCAUAGAAUAUCAAUGUGGUAAAAAGAGACGGUCAAAAAAACAAAUCGUAAACAUUCCUUUUGAUACUAAGAUUGCGGGUAGUAAAAAGAAAUCAGGUUUUUUUUCACAUUACAUUGAUGGUGAGAAAGUUACAUCGUGCGAUAGUUUAGACCAGGAUUCUCUUAACAAUUGUGAAGCUGUGAAUUGUGAUUUCAAAUAUGGUGGCAACCGCCAAUUUUACGAUUUUGAAUCGGGAAAGUGCUCACAGGCAUCGUUGUGUGAAUCAGACCCUGACGAGGAACUCCCAGAUAUAGCAUAUGUUCCCAGUACCAACACAUGCAGAGAUUUGGACCAUCCUAUGACAGUUGCGGAUAUUUUCGCAAUAAGUACGGGGACGGGUGUUGUAACGAGGCCGUCAAAUAAUGACGAUCUAAAAGUGGAGCUGAAAUCGAAUUGUUCAACGGUUUCUCAGAAUUUGAGUUUUUUGCAUGAUUUAAUGCGAGGUAAUUUUUGUCCAAUGUCUAAGACAGACACUUCAGACUUUGCAAAAUGUUGGAAGCAUGCGAUUAUAUUUAUUAUUAGUUACAUACUCGGCGUUUGUGGGCUAGUUUUAUCAUUUAUAUGCUGCGUCCAAAGUAUAUUGUGGUUGCAUAAACAAAUAAGAAAUGAAGAUGUACGCGAUCUUUAUAAGAAAAUCAGAGGUAAAUUUCAAAAAUCACCUUAUCCUAACAAAAGCUAUGAUAUUGUAAAUAGUGAGGUCAGGAAUACUCUUCUUCGUGAUGUGAUAGUAAAGGAUAUUCCAUUAGAGCUAAGAGAGAGUAUAGUGGACAUUUGCGAUAGGAUGGAUAGGAAAGUCAAGAAGAAAAAGAGAUAUAGGAAAGCAGAUAUGGGGAGUCAGGUGAGCCUGGUCAAAGUUGAGUAUGACGUGAUAUCGUCCUCUAAUACUUCAUCGAACACAUCGCUUGACGCUAAAGGGGAAGAAGUAAUAAAGUGA